AUGACAGGCCCUUUGCCCCAUCCUACUGACCCGGAAUUUGCCCUGCUGAGCCAUAGUUCUGGAUUCAGAGCCAAGCUCAUCCCCAAGCUGCCCUUUUUCCUGCUGCUUUGGGCUUGCCUGCUCAAGGGGGGGCCGAGGGGGGGCCCUCUGUCCUGCCGUGCUUGGCCCAUCACCCCAGCCACGUGCCCCCGGAUCAUCCCUGGAGCGGAACAGCAGCUGCGGGAGGGGGGCUCUCAGGUCCCCGCCUGCCUGCUCAGCACCUUCCUGGAGUACAGGCUGGGGAGUUCCUGGCACCCUGCUGAGCUCCAGGCAGGAUCUGUCCCUUUCUCAGCCCUGAUGCUCAUCUCCAGCCCCGCUACAAGCCCCCAGCAAAACUGUGCCAGGGUCAGCGCCCAGCUGGGGACAGCACCAGCGAGCAGCGCUCGGCGGUGCCCCUGUCGCGACCAGCUCCCCGCCUGCUCCAGGCGUUCCCUGCCCUGGCCCCCCCCGUCCCCUCCCUGUGCCCGGAAGCCCUGGGAAAAGUUCCGCCGUGAAAGCAAAGUCCGGGCUGCCGCACGCAGGGCAGCCGUGGUCCGGCGCCGCGGGGCGAUGGCAGCCGGGCUCCGGGGAGCACCGAGCCUGGUCCGCUCCUCCCGCUGGCUGCAGCGCUGGCAUCCGUCCCUGCGGCCGUCGGGAGCGCGUUCGGCCCAUGCCGGGGCUGCAGCCCAGCUGCAGCGGGAGUACGACGCGGUGGUGAUCGGGGCAGGACACAACGGGCUGGUGGCAGCUGCCUACCUGCAGCAGGCGGGGCUGCGCACAGCUGUGCUGGAGAAGCGCCACGUGCUGGGCGGCGCGGCUGUCACGGAGGAGAUUGUGCCAGGGUUCAAGUUCUCCCGGGCAUCAUAUCUGCUCAGCCUGCUGCGACCACAAAUCUAUGCUGAUCUGGAGCUGCAGCGGCAUGGUCUGAGGGUGCUCCCACGGGACCCCUUCUCCUUCACCCCGCUGCUGGAGGACAGGAGCCCUCCUCGCUCCCUUCUGCUGGGACAUGACAUGGCUCAGACUCAGCAGCAGAUUGCUCAGUUCUCCCAGAAGGAUGCCCAGGCCUACCCUGAGUAUGAGGCAUUCAUGGGGCGCAUGGUGCUGGCCCUUGACCCACUGCUGGAUGCCCCUCCAGUGGAUACAGCUGCCCUGGGAAAGGGUUCCCUGCUUCAGCAGCUCAGGAACCUGCGAACCCUGAAGCCCUUGCUGCAGGCAGGGCUGGCACUGGGGCGGCAGCUGCCCCGCUAUUACGAGGUGCUCACAGCUCCCAUCUCCAAGGUCCUGGAUCACUGGUUUGAGUCAGAACCCCUGAAGGCAACUCUGGCUACCGAUGCGGUGAUUGGAGCCAUGGCCAGCCCACACACCCCCGGCAGUGGGUACGUGCUGUUGCACCAUGUCAUGGGUGAGCUGGAGGGACGGCAGGGGGCCUGGGGCUACGUGGCUGGUGGGAUGGGAGCCCUGUCCCACGCCAUCGCCCAGGCAGCGGCUGCCCGGGGAGCCCACAUCUUUGCUGAGAAGGCAGUGUGCCAAGUGCUGCUGGGCAGGGAUGGGGAGGCGCAGGGUGUCGCACUGCAGGACGGGACAGAGGUGAGGAGCAAACUGGUGCUGUCCAAUGCCUCCCCCCAGAUCACCUUUCUGGAACUCAUUCCUCAGGAGCAGCUGCCAAAGGAUUUUGUCCAGAGGAUCCAGCAGAUUGACACACGCUCCCCUGUCACCAAGAUCAAUGUGGCAGUGGAUCGUCUGCCCAGCUUCCUGGCUGCCCCCAAUGCCCGCGACGGCCAGCCCCUGCCUCACCACCAGUGCUCCAUACAUCUCAACUGCGAGGGCACCCAGCUCCUGCAUCAGGCAUUCACUGAGGCUACCCAAGGGCACCCCUCCAGCAGGCCCAUGAUCGAGCUCUGCAUUCCCUCAGCGCUGGACCCGGGGCUGGCCCCGCCAGGCUGCCAUGUGGUGUCCCUCUUCACACAGUACACCCCGUCCGUGCUGGCGGGCGGUCGCUCCUGGGACGAGCAGGCCAGAAAUGCAUAUGCAGACACGGUGUUUGACUGCAUCGAAGACUAUGCCCCGGGGUUCAAGGCAUCCGUCAUUGGCAGGGACAUCCUGACACCGCCAGACCUGGAGAGGAUCUUCGGGCUGCCCGGUGGAAACAUCUUCCAUGGAGCGAUGUCUCUGGACCAGCUGUACUUCACCCGGCCAGCACCAUCCUACUCCGGCUACCGAUCCCCAAUUCCUGGCCUGUACCUGUGUGGAAGUGGAGCCCACCCUGGAGGAGGAGUGAUGGGAGCAGCAGGACGCAAUGCAGCCCAGGUGGCUAUCAAGGAUUUCAGGCACCUCUGAUGAGAUUGGUGAAACCGACUUUACCAACACAGGGUUACAACAGCAGCAUGCCCUACUGAUGCCAUGCAGAGCCCUGCCCAUCCCCAACUUACUUCCCCAGCACCUCAGGGCAGCAGCAUCUCCCAGAGCUGGGUGCAGGCUGGCAGGGUCCCUUUGCUCCCAGCUGCUACCGUCACCUUGAACAGAUGGCUGCUCCCAGCCUGCCACAACCCAGCCUUCCCCAGUGGCUCCUGGGCCGUGCGUGACCAUGGCAAGCCUCUCUCAGCCCCUGCCCGUGCCCAUGGAAAUAAACCCUGGCACGUGCUCUG